AUGUCCAACUACCAAGAACAGUACUACCAAGGCCCCCGCCUUACAUUUAACGAUAAUGCCUUGAACUCUCAAGACCAAGAAAUGAUCUAUUUCGAUGACGAAAGCAACUGCUACGAAUACAAUGAAGCCAUGUACGAGCAGGAGAAUGACAUGUUGUAUUAUGAAGAUGACAUGUACUACGAAGAAGAGCCUCAACCUGAAGCUAGUGGUGACUCACAGCAAGAAGACCAGGAUGCUCUGCUCAAGUUGAUCGUUGGUGUCCAACAGUACCUCUCUGACCUACAGAACGCUGGUGCUAACAACCAUCAAGAUUCUCCCCUUUUGGAGCUCCAGUACAAGAUGUAUACCUAUCUCAAGCAACGUGCUUGUGAAAUGGGUAUGGACCUUGAUGAAGCUCUGGAGCAAGCCAUGUAA